UUAUCGAUAAGUCCGCGGUAACAAUUGCAGAUGUUGUUGUUAAUGGACGCUACAAAAAAAUUAUGGACGAUUUAAAGAAAAUGUGUCGCAUUUGCCUAAAAGAGGCAACAAAGACGCCUGUGGACAUUUUUGCUAGACAGAAACCCGAUGAGAGCUUGCCCUACGAGCCGGAAGACCUUCCGGCGAAUCUCAUAAAGGAGUGCACCGGUCUGAGUGUCGAAGAAGGCGACGGCCAUCAUCAGCAUUUAUGCGAGCCGUGCUUCAAGCAGCUGCGAAAGGCAUUUCGAUUCAAGCGCAGAUACUGUCGGAGCAUGCAGAGCCAGGCACCGGUGAAGAGAGAACCAAUUGAAGAGGAAAUAUCCACAAGUCCAAACGACGCCGCCUGGCAGCCGCCACCGGUGCAGGUGAUGAACGAGGCAGAGAUCGAGGAUGCCGCUUAUCCCACUGUGCCCGUGAUCAACGAGGUGUACAGCGAAAACACUGCGGGGGAAUAUUUUGAGAUAAUCGAGACAGAGGACUUGGAUGUAAACAUAAAGACCGAGGAGGCCGUGGAGGAAGAGGAAGAGGAUGAGGACGAAGAGAUUACCCCCAACCCGUCACGGAAGAAGAGACCUUUCACCAUGAGGGUGGUGGAUCAGGCGGAGGAUACAGAGCCAAACGAGGCGGGACCACCGCCGCUCCACUUCCAGUGCAUACACUGUCCAAAGACAUUCCCCAAGAGGGCGCAACUCGUUCUCCACAGUCGCGCCCACAAAAAGAAGAAGCUGGCAGAGGCGGACGAAUAGCCCCGCCUAGAAUGGAAGUCGUACCAAGUAAUCUGAAACAAUAUGUUGUAUUUUGUUAGAGCUAGGAGAGAUAAAUGUUUUAGCUAUAAGGAAG